AUGAGUCAUAGAAAAACCAAUAAUACAUUGGUUAACAACUUGAAGAACCAAUCACGUGCAUGCGUCUUCAUCGAUUCAAGCGACCCCACUUUACCGAAUCAAGUGAUUAAUGACGCACGACCUUUCAUUAAGCUUCCCUUCCCUCCAACCAUAGAUCCUCGUGACUUAAUUACCGUACUUCCCGAUGGUCGUGUGCCAACUCGCGCUCCGAAUGCCUUCAUCAUCUAUCGUCGGGCAUUCAUAGAAGCGGCGCGAGCUGAAGGUUACAAUCUUCCUAUGACCGUAAUCUCUUCAAUGACCUCCCAAUCAUGGGAGCAAGAACCACAAUUCGUUAAAGCAGAGUAUAGAAGACUCGGCAAGGAAGCUUACAACAGACGAAAUGAGAUGUGCCCCGACUCAAACCAACGAAGGAAGAGAGAAAAAUGGAAUAUGGUUUCGUUUGGAAAUAAAAAAAAUUCUCGUAAAAUUAAGAAAACGGUGCGAAAAUCCAGCAUACCAAAAGGACAACCCUACUGUAAUCCGAUUAGAACUGACCAUCAGCAAAACCAGCAACCAUUCACCAAACAAGAGCAACAACGACCCUUAUCCCCUGCACCCUCUUCUCCUACUGACUCGGUUGCCUCCGAAAUGUUGAAUAGUCCGUCAUCUCCCGUGCCCUCUUCGCCUGCUGAUUCCUUCACCCCCGAAAUUUCGAAUGGCAACGAAGGGAGUUCAUUGGUAUGCGAUGGUUAUUUUGAUGAAUUUUCAUACGAUCAUUAUCCUACUCCUGAGGACACCACUCUUACUUCCACUUCUGCCUCUGACGCUGGUAGUAGUUCCCCUGUCAUGAAUGAAACAGAAUAUCAUCCCUGUGAAUUCCAAUUCACACCGCCGGAAUGUUUUCCCGACGAUUAUCAUGAUUCUCCGAUUCAAUCACCCACAGACGAGCUUGAGCAUCAACUCGAACCUGCUCCUUUGUACCUUUACACUACCAAUCAUGAUGAGAUUUAUGAGUACAACACCACCGGAAACGCCCCCGAGGAUCUCAACGAAUCCUCUCAGAUACCUUCCCCCGCCAUUGCUGUUUAUGUUUCACAAACCGGUGCAUUCGAUGACUAUCCCCAAUUUGUCAUGGAAGAUGUCACAAAGUUCUCCGAUAGUUUGGAACUUGCUGAUAACAAUAAAUUUAUCAAUGACAUCUCAACGGGAAUCUCUGAUGCCGACACCUCACAUGCGAUUAAUGGGAUUAGGGAUAGGAAAAUUAUUUCAUGUCAGAGUAGAACACUUCCGAAUCUUCCCAACGAAUUAUUAUUGUUAAUUAUAUCCUGUCUUACUCAAACGAACAGAAUCCCUCUUUUCCAGGGAUUUGGUGAGAAUGCACUGGAAUUGUUAAAAGAAGUGCGUUCCCUGGAUGCGAGUGCAAGCAAACUAGACGACGAAUUUAUUCGAAAGCUGGUCGUAGGACCACCUGGAAAAUCCUUGAGGGUGUUAGACCUCUCGCGAAAUAGUAUCACCGAUAAGUCUGCAGCCUACAUAGGUUACAACUGUACACGCCUCCAAAAACUAUAUCUCGAGGGUUGCAUCUAUAUUUCCGAAGUCCGUCCCUUAGGGUUUCUCUCUGCUCAUAUUACCACUUUGAUCCUAUCGCAUUGCAAAGAUAUAUCGGAUGAGUCAUUUGGCGAACUUGCUGAGCGUCUCGGCUCAAACCUAUUAAAGUUGGAUCUUGAUGGAUGCUACAAGUUAACUCAUGAAAGUAUUGUCAAAAUAUCUCAACAUCUAAAAAAUUUAAGGUAUCUGGUAAUUGAUGGUCAAGGGAUUGGUGACCUCUCGGUGGUAGAAAUAUUCAAGAAUUGCAAAUCCUUGGAUCUGUUUUCAAUGUCAUUCUGUGAAACUUUGACAAAUGCAAGUUUGAUUGCGAUAAUAACGAAUCUGACGCCAUAUUUAAAGUUUUUGAGACUAAGAAAAGGAUCAAAGUUUACCGAGGAAGGAUUCUACAAUUUUUUCAGAGGUUUAUCAUGUCGAAACCAUUCAUUUCACUCACUUGAUGUAUCGGAAUGCCAGAACAUUACAGGAUUCUCUCUUAGUCAAAUGGUGCAAUCAAAUAUUCGCUGGCUAGGCUUGGACUGGUGUUGGGAGAUAAAGGAAGAUUUUUUGUCAGGUAUCCUAGCUUCGUGCCCGAAAUUGCAAGAAAUCUCGAUGGUGGGAUGCUACGAGAUAACGUGCGAGACAUUGCAGGAAAUGGAAUUCCCUGAGUUAAGGGUAUUAAACCUCUUUUCGUGCAGGGCUGUUGCACUCAGUACCAUAAAAAAGAUCUGUCAGAUGAAUAAAGGAACAUAUAUAAUCGACUAUUAUGGAGAAGCUUACAAAGACGAGAAAAGGGUUGGGUAUAACGUUGAUGUGUAUGUGGAAGGGGAAGAAGUCGAAUGGAUGGUUGGCGGAAGGGAGAAGCGAUGGGGAAUGUUGAAUGUUGGUGACAGCAAGAGAUUCUUUAGGG